AUCGCAUGAAAAACUUUCAAGAAAGUCAUAGAAGCAAUAUCAGAUCCCAUCAGCAAAAUAGUCAAGAAUAUCAAUACCAAUCAACAUGUUUGUCCUUUCACACCUCAAGGAUACUAUCAGAGUCUUGGCCCGAGACUUUGGACGUGAUCGAGCAAAGGUGCUUGAGCAAGAAAUUAACCGAAAAUAUGCGAACAAGGUCUUACCAGACGUAGGAUUAUGCUUGUGCUUAUUCAAUAUUGUUUCUGCUUCUGAAGGCAAAGUACUCUAUGGCGAUGGAUGUCUUUAUCAUCUAGUCGAAUUCACACUCGCUGUCUUUCGUCCGUUUAUAGGCGAAAGUUUGGUGGGUAUUGUCAAAUCGAGUUCACCGGCCGGCAUUAGAGUCUCAUUGCACUUUUUCGAUGACAUUCAUAUCCCUUGUCGAUCUCUGCCCUUCCCAUCAGCUUAUGAGCCAACUUUGAAUGAAUUUUUCUGGGCAUCCGAUUAUUCAGAUCUUGAGGGUCAGCCUGAGAUGCCUAGUGAUCUUCUUGCUACGCCCCUCGAAGGAAGAUUAUAUAUUCAAGUCGGUCAGACUAUCCGGUUUCGAAUCGAGCAGGAGCAUUUCUUCGAUAUUGGACCAAAGGAAGCUCCUAAGGCUCCUGACCCGGUCCCCGAGGGUGUUGAAUUGAGUGCCUUAGAGCAGCAGAUUAUUCAAGCCCGACAGGAAGGCAUCCCUGCCUAUAGUCUGAGUGCCACAUGUAGUGGUCAAGGAUUGGGUAUAGUGGCAUGGUGGGGCGAGGCAGAAGAUGAUCAAGAUGCUAUGGUCGAAUGACCCCUUUUAAUUUGCUAAUGUCUUCUAAAUUCGGGCAAUCGUAACCUCAAAAAUGGCCACCUGGCGAUCGUACUCGACAUACGUUACUACAGUCCCUGAACGAUAGGUCUCAUAAGUGAUUUUUCAUCGACUGCAUCGGGGGAGCAUUGUGCAAGCUUUAAGGCAAGCUUUUAUCAACAGGCUCGAAUACAUGAUCAAAUAUCAGCUUUUAUGAACAGACUUGAGUUCAUUACAUGAUCGAAUAUCGCAACUUGAAUGGACUUAUUUGUCAAAUUCAAAAAAUCAUCGUCCGAGUUGUUGGGCUAGAGUCUAGAGACUUUGGUUGUACUCACAUCAUGAAUCACUUGUGAUAGUGACGGU